AUGGCUUCAGUGGCCGCGUGGCUGCCGUUUGCACGAGCCGCCGCUAUCGGUUGGGUACCGAUCGCGAACAAUCCGCUGCCGGCCCCUCCAGUGACUCGAGAAAGACGGAAAAAAGAAGAUGAAAAAUUCAUAAUAAACGUGAGCGGGCGACGCUUCGAAACCUGGCGGAACACUGUGGAGAAAUUCCCGGACACGUUGUUAGGAUCGAACGAACGAGAGUUCUUCUACGACGAAGAGACUAAGGAAUACUUCUUCGAUCGGGAUCCAGACAUAUUCCGACAUAUUCUCAACUAUUAUCGGACGGGCAAGCUGCACUACCCGAAACACGAAUGUUUAAUGUCGUAUGAUGAAGAGUUAGCGUUCUUCGGCAUUGUCCCCGACGUCAUCGGGGACUGCUGCUAUGAGGACUAUAGGGACAGAAAGAGAGAGAAUGCUGAACGAUUGCUCGAUGACAAAAUGUCCGAAGGAAACGAGCAAACGCAGCUGGCGAACUCAACCCUGCGACAGAGGAUGUGGAGAGCCUUCGAAAACCCGCACACCAGUACCGCAGCUCUAGUGUUCUACUAUGUGACAGGCUUUUUCAUUGCGGUCUCCGUCGGAGCCAAUGUGGUGGAAACAGUGCCCUGUGGUAUUGAUGUUGGGACGGGCGAGAAAAUACCGUGCGGCGAAAAUUAUAAAGUCGCCUUUUUUUGUUUGGACACUGCGUGUGUCAUGAUUUUCACAGCUGAAUACCUACUGCGGCUAUACGCCGCACCGGCACGCUGCAAAUUCGUACGCAGCGUUAUGAGCGUUAUCGACGUAGUCGCCAUCAUGCCGUAUUACAUCGGCCUUGGCAUUAAGGACAACGGAGACGUAUCCGGCGCGUUCGUCACUCUUCGUGUGUUCCGAGUCUUCCGAAUUUUCAAAUUUUCGCGUCAUUCACAAGGACUGCGAAUUCUGGGCUAUACACUCAAGUCGUGCGCCUCCGAACUGGGCUUCCUAGUGUUCUCGCUGGCCAUGGCCAUCAUCAUCUUCGCCACAGUCAUGUUCUACGCAGAGAAGAACGUCGAUGAAACCACAUUCACCUCAAUUCCGGCCGCGUUUUGGUACACAAUCGUUACGAUGACCACACUUGGAUAUGGAGAUAUGGUCCCUGGUACAAUAACGGGCAAGAUCGUGGGCGGCGUGUGUUCACUGAGUGGAGUGCUCGUGAUCGCGUUGCCCGUACCUGUCAUUGUGUCGAACUUCUCAAGAAUUUACCACCAAAGCCAACGGGCGGACAAACGAAAGGCUCAAAAGAAAGCAAGAAUGGCACGUAUCCGAAUAGCCAAGGCUACAAGCGGCGCGGCAUUUGUAUCCAAGAAGAAGGCGGUGGAAGCAAAACUUGCUGCACAGGAGAGCGGUCAGGACAUCGAUGACGGUCCAGAAGACAUCUUCGAGCUGCAGCAUCAUCAUUUGCUGCGUUGCCUUGAGAAAACAACGGACCGGGAGUUCGUAGAGCUGGAAGUGCCAUACAAUGGCGGGAAUCCGAAUAGGCCGAGUUCUUCCCCCCCGCUGUCUCCAGCUGCUUCAGAAGCAUCCAACGAGAGACAUGGUUUGCUUAAUUCCUGCUGCGGCUCUAAGGGGCGUUGCAACAGAAAGAAAUACCAGCGUUCGGGUAGCGGCGGUGGUGAUGGUGGUAUCGUCAUCGGUUCGGAUGCCAGUCGGGUUGCCGAUGAGGAGCUCAGCGACGUGCAGGUCCGCUUGUCGUCAACAUCGAGAAGACUGGGCGGAAACGCUCCGUCGUCGUCGUUGCCAGAUCAUCUCCUCGUUAUCAGCAGUAAAGAGAGAGAAACCAUCCCGACUAACACCGUCAUCCCGGCAGCCGGCCUGACAUCACGUUCCAGCCUCAACAAUCCUGCCCCUACGGUUACGACGAUGAGUUCCCCAUCAGGAGGGGUGACCACGACAGCCGUAGUCAAUAUCCCUCCAGGGCAGAACGGCUCCAAUGGAGACCGAACUUCCGGACCCCGUUCUCCGCUUUCUCAGAUCGGAGACGAGCCAGUUUCUGUACGCAUCUCCAGCCUUUGA